AUGGCACUAGCUGCUGCCCUCGCCGCGGACGGCGGGCGGCCUGUGAGCAUCCUGCCAACCAUCAAAUGCUCAAGUUGUGGACGAGAGAUUGAGAUAGCAGAAAUGGGAGAGCAUGUGUGUGGCGGCGAGGACACGAAAGCCACUCCCAAUGGACACAUGUCUACAAUGAGCAAUCCGUUCACCUUGAGGCGGCUCAAUGCAAGUGGACAACAGCCCUCGAAUCACCCGCCUGUGCCUCAAGUCAACGACAGCUUCAGAUCACCACCCAAAGUAUCGCAGAUUCCAGGCGCCAGACCUCCAAAGUCUGCCCUGCCUAAGAUCAACCCAGACGCAGCGAACAGGCCGUUCCUCGCACCGAGACAACCAGGCCUCGAUUCGCCCAUCUCACCAGCUGCUAGCUACCGAUCGGGAAGCAGCACUGGCAAACCGCCCUUUGCUCGCAGCAUGACCAGUCCCGCGCCUCGCCUGUACGAUCCUCGACCUCCGAGUCCUGGACUGUCUGCCAAUCUUGAUUGCGCCUUCCCACCUUUCCCAACAGCGGCCUCGUCCUCACCGAGGCCAUCUACCAGCCAUGGUCGAAGAACACCCACAGGCAGCGAGCGAGCGCCGUCUCGUGCAGCCUCGAGACUAGAUCACGUCGUAACGGCCGAGCCAGAGCCUUUCAAUGUCGAGCCAAGAUUACCCAAGAGCAAUGGCAGCGAGAGCGUGCUGCAGAAACUGAAUACAAUCAAGAGUGGGCCUUUCAGUGCGAACAAGAGACAAGGAAGCGGUGAUUCAAAAGAUGGAUCCGCAUUCUCAGAGCAAAGACGACCCAGUGAGCCGACAGUAGAAUCGCUGCCAACGCGUCCUUCUACUGCCAGUUCAAACUAUUCGCUACCAAGACGGCCCUCUAUUCCAUCAUUCAACAUUCCGCAGCCGAGUCAGAAGAAGACUCCACCCCCACGGCCGGCGAGACCUACAGAAGAGGUACUGUCCCCCAGGUUUCUGGAUCAGUUAAGCGCGGAGCCUUCAUCGUCAAUGGCGUUGGAGCCGCAAUCGGACGAUCAGCAACACAAUCGAAGCAACACCUACCCCGUGCAAAAUCAGACUUCUGAGAGCGAACAUGCGCAGUCGCUUUCAAGGAUGCGAAGUGAGCCCGCGUUGAGUGGCAGCAACAGGCGCCCGUCCCUAGCACACGGCGCUGCAUCAGACCCAUCCACAAUCCCGCAGACCCAGGUGUUUGCCCCACGCAGCGACAGCAGGACUGGGAACCGAGUGGAUUAUAGGAUACAAGACGCGCCUCCGGUUCCAAGAGCUGUUCAGCAGUAUCGCCAAGACAGCGCGCAUACGCCGUCGGAAUCUGGCUCGUCCAUCACAUCUUCAAACAACUCGAGAAGCACCACAAACAGCAGUGGCGUAAGUCCUGUGGGGAGUGUUGCGAGCAGCGUGGACGCGUUUUCUCCCCUCACUUUCGAAUCGAAGAAGUAUGGGGAGGAUGAGCAAAUGCGUGUUGCUGGAUUGAACGUGAAGAGCCCAGAGAAGCCUGGAAUGCGAGCAGAGCAGCCAACGCAGAGAUCACCUCCCAGAACUGUAUCGAGACCGGCCCGCGAGACGCCCAAGAAGGCAGACGAAGUCUCCCUGACCCCUCUUGAAUCGCCCAUGGAUCCCAUGUUGUUAAACAUGCAGCACAAGGCUCCUCAACCUCCAGCUAGCCAGUCAAGGCCGGCUCCAUUGCGCACUCAGACUGCCCCUGGCCCAGUCCCAAGAUCUCAGACUCCACAAGCACCUGCAGUGACCAUUCCCCAACGCUCCAUCGCAGAGGAGUCCCCUGUCAGGUCGGGAUCUGAGCCAGAGAUUCGACCGCGAACACCGGGCAACGCAAGUCCACAAUCGACUGCACCGAGCACAAGAAAUGUCUCGCCAAGCUCUGUACGGCCGCCAGCCAUUCCGCAAGACCAGCAAAGAAGACAUCAUGGCAGGCGACCAACAAACGCCAAGCCGAUGUGCAGAGGCUGUGGCCAGAUGAUUGAAGGAAAGUCGGUCAAGGCCUCAGAUGGUCGACUCACUGGCAGAUGGCACAAGGCUUGCUUCGUCUGUCGAUCGUGCCAUGAGCCCUUCACGACCGCAGAUUUCUAUGUCAUCAACAACGAGCCAUACUGCGAACAGCAUUACCACGAACACAACGGUUCGCUUUGUAACGGCUGCCAUCGCGGGAUAGAAGGUCAAUACCUCGAAACUUCCAGCUCGACGAGAUUCGGCAGCAUCGAGAAGAAGUUCCACCCUCGAUGUUUCUGCUGCUGCGAAUGCCGUGUAGUACUUUCCAGCGACUACUUCGAGAUCACCGGCAAAGUCUACUGCGAAAGACAUGCAUUGGCGGCCAUGCGAGCACAGGCAAGAAUGGCCGGGGGUCUCCAAGCCCCCAAUCAGAGGGGCUUGAUGGCGGAACGCCGAACGACUCGAUUGAUCAACCCCAUGAUGGCGUGA